AUGCCUCACAGACCAGCAUACCCGACUGCCACGCGUGCCGAUGUUCACCUAGUGGGUUCUGGACCCAUCCAGCGCUUUGAGAUGUGGGGUCGUCACCGCUCAUUGACGGAAUCUGUGUACUUAUCCUCGGCAGUUCUCACCGAAUAUGGAUACGCUGAAGAGAUGGAGAAGCUGCUACAUGGGACUAGGUGGCAUCGCCUCUUCAUGAUGCGGGCCGAGUCUAGCCUGCCACUAACAAUUGAGUUCCUGUGCUCUCUAGAGUUGGAGCCAUCUAUAGGGUCGAGGUCGAUGAACUUCCAGUCCAUCGACUCUCGUACAACCCUCACUUUCACUCUCUUGGGGCGAGAAUUUCAGCUGACGGUCGCCGAUCUGGCUACACACAUGGGUCUCUACAACCGUUUCGAGGGCAUGGGCCGAGCCAGGUUUUGGAUUCAGCCGACUUGGCGAAUCCUAUCCUUCGUGCUUUCGACAUCUUUCUUUGGGAGGCCGUUGAACAUAGACCGGGUAUACCCCGACGAUUUGAUUGUCUUCUGGAGCCUGCACACACGCCGGGAGGUGAAUGUGGCUGUCUUUGUAGCCCGAUUCCUCUACAGUCAGUCCAUGGGGAAUCGGACGCACAUUGUUUGCGGUUUCGUGGUCACCAUACUCUUCCGAUCCCUCGAAGGGUCGGCACCUAUUCCACGGGCUCAGAUGAUGAUGCGAGAUUUGGAUGCCGGCAUGCUGAGGAACGCCCACAUCCGUCGAAGGUUGGGAGCUGGUUCUACCGAGAGCAACGCCGCCUCCUCAUCUGUGCCCUCGACCUCAGGAGCAUCCUCGCAGGUCUCAUCUAGGAGAGCCACUCGCCGCCGACCCACUCCUCAGGCCACCCCAGCUACGACCCAGGCAGAUCUGACCCCUGAAUGGGCCAGGAGGAUCCUGGAGCAGCAGGAUACCAUCCUGCAGAGGAUGUCCGAAAUCGGACAGCAGCAGGCAUCCCAGGCGGAGAACUUUGCUCAGCUUCGGAGGACAUUUACUAGCUUUUACUCGGAUGUGCACAUCGGGCUCACCCCACGUUCUCCUGAGGGCGACGAUCCAUCCGCCUCAGUUCCU